CAGGGGGUGGAGUGAGUUGGGCUUUAAGGUUCCUUCCAACCCAAACCACUCUGGGAUUUUGUGAUUCUGUACUUCACCGACCUGCCUCUGCCAGUGCUGAGCUUAGGGAUAGGGCAUGGUUUGGGUGAGCUGGGGCAUGUGGAUCACAUGUAAGACACAGUCCAUGAGCCUUUCAAAGAAGGUUUGGCAAUGGCUUCCACUCAGGGCACUCUGGUGUCCAUAGUUUUUAUACCUGAAGAACCCAAAAGCACACAUCCAUCUUUCUUACUCUAAUGGUGAGCCAUGAGGUCUGGCUUAUUCCUGCCUCCCUAGUAAGAAGGGGGGAUGUCUUCCCUGAGGAUGGUGGUGUUUUAGAUACUGGGCUGUGGACACAGUGACAAAGAGUUAUGUGCAUUUUCAUAAAGGUUUAUAAAGUCGUUGUAACUAUACUUAAAAUACUUGCAGUGACCUGAGUUCUUGACAUUUCAAAGUGCUUUAGGUUGUAAAAACAUUGAAAAGAUUUAUUUAGCCACGGUUGACAAAGGGUAGUUAGAACCCAGUUGUCACAUUUGUGGACAGCUUUUGUUUGUAUGAAGUGUUACAAGCUGUUCAGGUCCUUAAACUGAAAUAUGGUUAAAAAAGCAGGCAAGCGAACGCCUCGUGCUGGUUACCUAUUUCACAGAAAGUUCCUUUAUCCCAACCCCAGGAUGUCCCCUGUGCCUUCUGAGGCUACUUCUCUUAUGGCUUUGGCCCAAAGACCUGACAGAUCCCAGGUGGCAUCUCUUGAGCAUCUGCUGUUCAUCACAGAGCAUCCCCCCCUCUGUCACUCUCAGGCCAGUCAGCUGUGGAGUUCACUGCCCAGUUCAGGCUGCUCUGGGGAUGGUGGGACAGGCAGCGCAGGGAGCAACAGUGUCUGAUGCUGGAUUCCUGACGCUGGGAGCACAGGGCUGCAUCCAUCUGCCUGGUUCCAUCUCCACUGGGGACAGAGCUGCAACAUGAGCUUGCUUCUUAGAAGACAUCAGAGAAUCCACAUGAGAGCCACCGCUGUCGCCACGACCCAGCCGAGGACGGCUCCUGUUGGGGACCUCACAGCGUGAGGUGCCAGGGAGCCAACCAUGAGAUGCAAGUCCAUAGGAAAAUAACUUUAUUAGUUCUGGUGUUGGUGGAGCUGCUUGGGUUGUGCCUCCCUUCAUUGUCUGUGUAAUUUAGAGAUGGUUUUUCCAUCUCAGCUUAUGAAAUAUUGAGAGCUUCGCUAUUUUGCGCAACCUCCAUCAAAGUGUCAGAAGCCCCAGUGAGCUGAACUUUCUGAACCUAAAUGUUUUAUUGAUGUGCCUUGCCAGCAGCCCCUCCAGUGGGGACUGGGGUGCUGGGAGACCCUGUUGGAUCUGCCUGUUCCCAACCUGUUUCGCUGCCUGAGCAUCGUCUCAUGGGAUGCUCCAGGUGUUUGUGUGCUGAUACUUCAACGUGACUCACUUCUUUUUUCCUAACUGAAGCAUGUGGAAGUGCUGCUCUUGGGUGAGGUUUGGAGGAGGGAGAGCUGCUCUAAACCUGUGCCCCCUCUGCCUGCAGCCAGGCUGCUCUUCUCACAGUGAGGUGUUUGCCCAGCCAGGGAAGCAGCAGCUUCAUGUGCUCCCACAACACUCAAAAAUCUCCUGCCCAAAUUGCCCCCCCAUUAUCACACAGCAUCCUGCCUAUACCGGGAGGCCUGUCCUCUGCAGGAGGAGAUCAUGGCCCCUGCGUUCAUGGACUCAUGCCGUGCCUGCUUGCAGAAUGCUUGCAGAAUGCUUCCUUUAAAGCACUUUUCUCUCUUUACAGCCUUUUCCCCCUCCCAAAGGGAAGCAGAGGUACCUUAAACUAAUUAGAAAUAAGCAGCAGAGAAGCCAGGGUGAAGGGUUAGGUGAGACGCCGGGGGGCAGUACCUCCAGAAGGUUUAUGGGUACAGCAGUUAGCAGUAGCCUGCCAGAGCCCUGGGAAUUUCAUAAAAAGGAGCAUUUUGCCACUUGUGAACAAGUAGUUAUCCUGUCAUGCCUACACCAGCUGUGGAAAAUUUGGCAUGUAUGACUUUUGGACUUGUGAAAAAGCAGAUCCCCCAGCUUGGGCAGUGGCAGGCUCUUAGUUGGCUGAACUGGGGAAGUGCUGAGGUCCCUGGUUCUCAAAAAGAGUAGCUGGAGAGAGAGGUGUUGUUGACUGCAGAGAUUUGGAAAGGAUCAGGACCUGAACCUGCUAAGCUGUAAGGACUGGAGCAGUGGAUCCCUUCCGAGAUCUUAAAAUGUGCCUGUGCAUGGUCUGCAGGCAAAAUGCAAGCAUUGCCUCUGCUCCUGGGGUAUAAAGUGUGCUGUGCAUGGUCUGCAGGCAAAAUGCAAGCAUUGUCUCUGCUCCUGGGGCGGUUUGAGGGGAGCUGGCAGUGGGAUGGUGUGGAGCAGGCUGGUUGGGGCAGUCUGGAGGGGCGGUUGCCCCUGCUCGGGGCAGUCCCCGGCAGGCAGGGACGUGGCCGGGAAUGCUGUUGUGUAAAUCCGUGUUUGCCCAGCGCCCGGCUGGCGGAGAAUGGUGCCGGGCUGAUGGGAUUAGUCAGGGGCCUCCAGUUAAUAGCUGUUGUUCACGCCGCACCUCGGGGAGAGCCUGUCAGGAUUACCAGGAGGUUUGUAGGUGGCACAGCAGCCACGGCUUUGCAUUAACGGGAGGGGGGAAAUGGUCAAAUGUGGUCCUGCCCAGUGGGUUCCUGCUCCGGGCCUCCCUCGGUGCUCUGAGAUCUCUGGUGGGGUUUACUCCCGGUAUAAAACAUUUCGGAUUUACAUUUUCCUUUAACACUUCCUCUUCGAGCCGGGUAGUAUGUUACACAUUUAAUUGCUCUUCCUUUGAAUUUUCCAGUCCGCGUUUGGUACCCUUGCAACAUCAGUAUCUUGUUAUCUUGUUGUUGCUUCUAAUUGCUAACACAUGCCAGUUUUCCAGCGCCGCAAACUCUGGCACUGGGCUUGCUGGGGACGGAGGGGGAGUUUGCAGCGAAGAUUUACGUGCACGGGGAAACCUUCGGAGAAUUAAUCCGCCGCUUUCCCCCAGAGCUCGCCCCGGUUUCCGAACGCCGGGCCGGGGCUGCUGUGCCCCCGGUGCCGCACGGGCGGCUCUGGGCAGGGCGGCGGAGCUUCCUCUGCUCCUGGCCGUUCCUGCCGGCCAUAAACAAAUGCCGUGUAUUUAACAAGUUAAUGUCAGGCGGGCGGCGAGGCGCUGGUAGGUGUGUGCCUGGUGACAUCAGCUGGCGAGCAGCCUGGCAGCAGCGCGGCGCAGGCAGGGAGCAGGCAGCGAGCCGAGGGUGUGUGCCUCUAAGCUGGGUAUUCUGGCAAGGUGGAGAGCUGGUCUGUUUGGCAGGACCUUCCCAUCUGGGAUCCAUCUGUGUUUCCCUGGAAUCGGACAGGCGGCUCCAGGCAGUGAGAAAUCGCAGAUGUGCGGGACCUGACACAUGUCCAGCUAAUGAAAGGAGAAGGCAGGCUGGGCUCCGGCUGCGCUCGAAGAUCACGGGCGGAGGAGGAGGAGGAAGAGCGCUUUUCUUUCUAUUUGAAAGAAACGAGGUGUAUUGCACCGCAGCUGGAUCCUUGCAACCUCGCUGGCUAGGUUGCUGGUGAGAAGAGGGUGCCAGUGAUGCCCGGGUCGCCCGUGGAAGUGAAGAUACAGUCCAGGUCCUCUCCUCCCAACAUGCCGCCGCUGCCCCCCGUCAACGCCGGCGGCCCCCGGCCCGUGUCCUUCACUCCGACUGCACUGCCCAACGGAAUAAACCAUUCCCCCCCGACACUGAACGGGGCCCCGUCCCCACCCCAGAGGUUCAGCAACGGCCCUUCCUCAUCCUCCUCCUCCUCACUGACCAACCAGCAGCUCCCAGCCACUUGUGGAGCCCGGCAGCUGAGCAAGCUGAAGCGUUUCCUCACCACCCUGCAGCAGUUUGGGAAUGACAUCUCACCGGAGAUCGGGGAGAAGGUCCGGACCCUCGUUCUGGCACUCGUGAACUCAACGGUGACAAUCGAGGAAUUUCACUGCAAGCUGCAAGAGGCGACCAACUUCCCCCUGCGGCCGUUUGUGAUCCCCUUCCUGAAGGCCAACCUCCCUCUGCUGCAGCGGGAGCUGCUGCACUGUGCCCGCGCUGCCAAGCAAACGCCCUCGCAGUACCUGGCACAGCACGAGCACAUCCUGCUCAACACCAACACCACGUCUCCCGCUGACUCCUCCGAGCUGCUCAUCGAGGUCAACGGCAAUGGCAAGAGGCACAGUCCAGACAGGAGGGAAGACAGCAGCUUUGAGAGGGAGCCGCUGCCAACAGAGCCUCCGGCCAAGAGGGUUUGCACCAUCAGCCCCGCGCCCCGGCACAGCCCUGCCCUCACCAUCCCCCUGAUGAACCCCAGCGGGCAGUUCCACCCCACCCCACCACCCCUGCAGCACUACACCUUGGAAGACAUUGCCACCUCCCACCUCUACAGGGACCCCAGCAAGAUGCUGGAGCACAGAGAGAUCCGGGACAGGCACGGUGGGCUUGGGUUGAAUGGAGGCUACCAGGACGAGCUGGUGGAUCACCGCCUGACAGAGAGGGAGUGGGCGGACGAGUGGAAGCAUCUCGAUCACGCCCUGAACUGCAUCAUGGAGAUGGUGGAGAAGACGCGGCGCUCCAUGGCGGUGCUGCGGCGCUGCCAGGAGGCCGACAGGGAGGAGCUCAACUACUGGAAGCGGCGCUGCUCCGAGACGGCCGAGCCGCGCAAGGCGGGCGCCGAGCUGCUCAGCCGCCAGCACAGCCCCGCCAGUGCAGACUCUGCCGGCAGCGCAGAUUCCCUGCGGGAGUUCAGCAGCAGGUCGGGGACGGGCUACGUCACGGAGGAGAUUUGGAAAAAAGCCGAAGAAGCUGUGAACGAGGUGAAGCGGCAGGCCAUGUCGGAGGUGCAGAAGGCGGUGGCCGAGGCGGAGCAGAAGGCGUUUGAGAUGAUCGCGUCGGAGCGGGCGCGCAUGGAGCAGACCAUCGCCGACGCCAAGCGCCAGGCCACCGAGGACGCCUUCCUCGUCAUCAACGAGCAGGAGGAGUCCACCGAGAGCUGCUGGAACUGCGGCCGCAAGGCCAGCGAGACGUGCAGCGGCUGCAACAUCGCCCGCUACUGCGGCUCCUUCUGCCAGCACAAGGACUGGGAGAGGCACCACCGCAUCUGCGGGCAAGGCCUGCACGGCCAGAGCAAGCCCCUGGCCCUGCCCACGGGCCGGGUGGCAGCAGCAGCCAAGAGCCUCGAUGGCAUCCCCAGCCCAGCCCUGGAGAAGACCUCGGCCACCACCUCGCGCUCCUCCACGCCGGCGUCCGUGACGGCCAUAGACACGAACGGACUCUAGGAGAGAGGUUUGGCCUGGCUCCGCUGGAUGAGUUCCCCGGGGUUUUUUAAGCUGAAAAACCCCCUGCAGCAACUGUUAUCACUUGACACGUUUGACACAUCGGCGCGCCCGCACUCCGGCUUUGCCCUCUCAUCCUGCCUUUUCCUUUGUGGCUCGUGGACUGGGGCGAGCCUCGCCUGCAGCAUCUCCCUGCUCCUCUCAGGGGGACACCAGAGCAGCGUCAGGACUUGGGGGACCUGGACUGGGGGGAGAGCGCUGGCACACGCCGGAGAUGCUGAGAGUGUGGUGCCCAAGCAAGGAGCCCUGUCCUUGUGGCAUGCUCAGGCUCGCUUCCCAAGGUGUCAGAGCCACCACUGCCUCCUUCUGCCACCUUUGCUCCGUAAUAUCCUUGUUUUGUCCCUGCUCCCAGGCAGCUGUGCCUCAGGUGGCUGUGUGGGCCGGUUGUUGCUGUGAACAGACCAGAGCCAAUUUCCCAGCGGGAGCAUCUCAGCCUCUGUGCGAUGGCAAAAGCUGAGCCCACUUCUCCUGCCUCCAGGCUGGCAGCUGAGGGUUGUAGAGAGGGAGGAGGGGAUUCGUCUGCUCUAAAACAAGAGGCAGUGGCAGGGAGGUACUGCUGGAUGGCCUGGAUUUCAUCCCAGUCUGUGGUGAGACAGACAGUUGGGUGUUUCCUGGGUGGGGCCUGUGCUGGGGGAACACGUGCACAGCAGAUCUGGGCUGGGUGCAGGUGCCCUUUCCACCUGGGUGCCGUUGUUUUGUUUUUGCACUGCCUGGAAGCUGCUGGUUUGUGAGUUCCUGCUGUUGUUUUUGAGCCCAGGGGUCCUCGCUGGUGCGAGGGGUUGUUUACAGCCUGUGCUCUCCACUCACACUGGUGAAAGAAAGGCAGGACUGGGUGUCCUGUGUGGAUUUUUAUCCCCUGCUCCAGGGGAUUCCUGCAGUGCUGCAUCCAGAGAUGCCCAGGGAUGUGCAUCCACCUUCAGAGAUUGUCCCAAAACCCCAGGCUCAGAGGAUCCCAAAGCCAGAGGAUCACAAGGUCCCUGGGGAAGGGGGCCAGCCUGGGGAGCUCUGUCCAUCAUAGAGUCCCUGCUGUGGGGUGGAAAAAGGGACUGGGGGGACCCAGGGCAGUGCAGGCUGUGACAGCACAGCCCUGCAGCAGGGCUGGCCAGGAGUGUCACACAGGGUGGCAGUGGCACAGGGUGUGGCAGGGAGGGGACGUGCCCUCCAGGAGCUGCUCCCAACUCCCACGGGGGCUCUGGAAAUCCUUCUCUUCAGCAGAGCCAUGUUUGGGACUGUGUGUGUGCCACUGGGCUGCAGCCCAAUGAGGUGAGUAACUCCCAAAUUCUUUUUGAUCACUUCUUCAAUUGGAGGCCAAUAAUGGAGCUGUAAGGAGUUGUCACAGGGGUGAGCAGGGAACCUGCUGCUCCAGCCCUGGCCCCUUGGAAAGCUCCUUGGGAAGCUGUUCUUGUGGGAUGGAGCUGGUGAUUCCCUGUCUGCAAGGUUUUGUUCCAAAGCCACAAGGUCUCCUGGUGAAUCCCACGGCUCCAGUGGCCCUGGGGAUGUCUCCCCUGUGUCCCCAUGAGUUGGUGCUGGAGCUCAGCACCUGCGCUGGCAUUGAGGCAGCUCCCAGUGGGGAUGGCAUGGAGCCACCCUGACCUGCAGCAGCCCCUCCUAGGGCUGUCAGGAAGGGAUUUCCUGCCCUAAGGGACACUUGGAACAGCCUCAGGUGAAUCCCACGUGGUUGUGGUGUCCCCUCCUCACCUGCAGCCCAGCCCCACGCUGUGGUGUGUGGUGGCAGUGCCAGGCUGGGGUGGGAAGGGGGAGCAGGGCAGGGCUGGAAGGAACUGCUUGUAAAUAGAUUGUCUUCCAUAACUCUCAUGCAACAUUGAUGGCUGUGUAUUAAAAUUAACCCCAGUGUAAAUGAAUGAAAUACUAACAGUCAUGAUUAGAAUGAUUGCUUCUUCUCUUUUUGGUUGUUUUUUUAAAAGAUGGAAUGAUAAAUGUGAACUUGGGGUGUGGGAAGACAUUGGGUUAAGGUUUCUAUUUUUUUUUUUUUUUGACAUUUAAUUCUGUAAUAGAAAUUUGUUACUUCAUUCCUGUGCAUAACUUAUUUAAUGUCCUGUAUAAAGGAACCCAAACUGUUACAGAUGUAUUUAGUUUGUUCUACUCAAAAGUAGUCAAUAAAAAGAUUAUAUUCA